GGGAGGAUCCCGGGACGAGCCGUGGCGGAGCGGCCAUCGCUCGGCAGCGCCCGGUUCGGCUCGGCUCGGCCCGGGGCAGCGCGAGCGGAGCGGGGCGGGGGCAGCAGCGGGAGGCUGUCCCGGGGCCGGGCUGUCCCGGGGCCGGGCUGUCCCCGCGGGGGGCCGUGCCGCGGUGGGCAGCCCCCGGCCCCGCCGUGCCGCGGUGCCGGGCCGGACCCCCGGCAGCGAUGGCCGCCCGCAUCCUGCACCGGCUGCGGCACGCGCUGGCGGGCGAGGGCGGCCGGGAGGAGCCGGCGGGCGGCGGCGGCGAGGCCGAGGACUGCCCGGAGAGCUCCGAGCUGGAGGACGACACCGAGGGGCUGUCGACGCGCCUCAGCGGCACCCUGAGCUUCACCAGCCACGAGGACGAGGAGGAAGAGGAGGAGGGGGACGGAGCUAGCGAGGAGCUGGAGGAGCCGCCGCAGGCGCCGGGGGCGGCAGCAGGCACGGAGGACGGAGAGUGGGUCUCUGCGGCGGAGCGUCCCGGCGGCAGCCUGCUGACCCGGCAGCUGCAGGAGCUGUGGCGGAGGUCGCGGGGCAGCCUGGCACCGCAGCGGCUGCUCUUCGAGGUCACCAGCGCCAGCGUGGUCAGCGAGCGCUCUUCCAAGUACGUGCUCUACACCAUCUACCUGAUCCGCUCUGGCCAGUUUGACAAGGCCCCUGCCACCAUCGCCCGGCGCUACUCGGACUUUGAGCAGCUGAACCGCCGCCUGCGCUGCCGCUUCAGCUGCAACAUGGCCAGCGUUGCAUUCCCCAGGAAGAGACUGCGCCGGAACUUCACUGCCGAGACCAUUGCCAAGCGGAGCCGAGCCUUCGAACAGUUCCUGUCCCAUCUGCACUCCAUCGACGAGAUCCGCCGCUCUCCCGAGUUCCUCGAGUUCUUCUUCCUGCCGGACCUGCAGGCCGCGCAGCGCCUGACCUGCACCGGCAUGUACCGCGAGGCCCUGGCCACCUGGGCCAACGCCUACCGGCUGCAGGACCGGCUGGGGGUCUGCAGCUCCGGCCGCUUCCUGCUGACCCUGGCCGGGCUGGCCGUCUGCCACCAGGAGCUGGACCAGCUCAGUGAGGCCCAUGGCUGCUGCGAGCAGGCGCUGCAGCUGCUGGAGGCCCAGGGCAGCCACCCGCUCCUGGGACCCUUCCUGCAGGCUCACGUCCACCUGGCCUGGAAGGUGGGCAAGGACAAGCGGCGCUCAGAGGCACGGCUGCAGGACCUGCGGGAAGCUGGGCUGCCUCUGCAGCAGCAGCCUUCCCUGAAGGAAUGCCUGAUCAAGGAACCUCUGGAAUGAGCCACCUGUGCUAACAGGGGCGGGAGGGCGAGGGCUGUGGGGGAGCUCACGGGCCUGUGGCUGCUGGCAACAGCGAGGGAAAUGCCAUGGGUGGCAAUGGGGCAGGGGAGCACCGCCCAUGCCUGGAGCUGCCUCCUGAAUGCACUUUCUCUGUGGUUAGUCUGUUUAGCGGGGCUGGGGACUCAAGGGGGUCCACCACUCACAUUGGUGCUGCCAGAAGCUGCUCCCCCUCCGCAGGGGAUCCUGGAGUGGCUGAGACUUUAGCUGGGACAUACUGGCACCUUGCAAGGGAACGGGAAAGCUUCUGGCAGGGUCCAGGGCUCUUGCCGGGAACUUCCCAUCGAACUUACACAAUAGAAAGGACUUUAUUAAAUAAAGUCUUGGCAGGAAGAAGA